AUGAAUCAUCUCAACAUGCAACCUAGAAGGUCAGAGCAACCAGCUAUGUUCGAAGAAAACCGUGCCUCUAGCCAGGAAGGCCAGGAUCUCGAAGUGAUGUACAAGAAACUCCAUCAGCUACAGGCUAGGCUUUCCCGUUCAGUUCUUUCAGAGGCAAUCAAGGAGUUCGAAGAGAACCUUCGGUGUCUUUUCCAUGAAGCCAAGCUCUUGCUAUGCUCAACGAGAACAAAGUAUCGCCAAAGCUGGUUCGGGUCUAGCAACGAGUUCGGGUCUAGCGACGAGAGAAGAAUCAUCAAGGCAUCAUGCUGCAUCAUUGAGUCGACAAACACAAUUCUUAACUUCCUCUCAUUUCUUGAGAAGAAUCGAGGAUUGCCAUCAGGUGGAGAUCAAAGACUCCAACAAGCUGCCUACAAAGGCCAGCAGUUUGCGUUCCGCCUCCUUCGCUCACUUACACUUCACAAAGAUGCUCAGGAGGUUCCGGGAAAGGACUUUGGCUUGGUCUACGGAAAAGAUGUGUACGUACUGAAUGGACAUCUUUUGCACAGGUCGAAGCAAGAGAUCGUGGGGCAGGCGGGAGGAAGAAACUGGCAUGUCGACCAUACCCUCCAUCCUUUGAGGCGCGUUCCAGGCACCCCAUGGCACAAGUUCUUUGGCAAUCUUGAAGUUGGCGACGACAAGCAACUUCGCCUCUUCGAUGAUGAUGCGGCCGUCGACAGUUACCGAGUCGGUCCUCGGAAGUUCUUUGUGGUUAUUCCGGAAACUGCUGAAUUCAUUUUGGACGAAAUCAGCAGCGAGCAUCAGAGAGUCGCUACGAUUCACACAGAGAAUGGACAUGUCCAGCCGCCAGCACCGACGUCCAUUCAGCAAGAAGCUCUCCUCAGGAAGUUGGACUUUGCCAUGACAACAUCAUUUCCUGGUUAUGUUGUAGAAGGACAACCUGAGAUUGUGUUUCAUCAUGAAGGCUUACGCCAGAUCCCCGUUGACUACAGUCAGGAGCGCCAACUUAGCAUUCUCUCCCAUGUUUUCACUCGACCCGCACUUUGGGGGGAGGGUUUGGAGCUUGCUGAUAACUUCGACCCGCGCGACGGUGUGCAGCAAGAGGAGCACAUCUAUUACAUUUGA